AUGCGAAUUCCGAAGAGGCCGUUCGCUGCGUUUUGUUUCUCCUUUAUCGCGCCCCCCGCGGAGGUCUGCUCUACUUCCAGUUCUGCCGCCGACUGGACCUUCUUGAGGCGUCGAUCUUCACCCAAGGUAGCCUGCUUCUGCUCUCUGCCUAGCGGCCGGCGUCAUCUCUCCGUAAAAGGUAAGAAUUAUUGCCUUUCUGGUAAUGCUUGGUGAUUUGAGAUAGUGGUCGUUAAUGUGCUUUUCAGAUCCAAAGGAGGGAGCAUGUCCCGUUGCGGAUUAGAUAUCGUGUUGUUAAUUUUGUCAAAUUUUUGACUUAUUUUGUUUUAUUAACUACUUUUUAUGCUCCCUGGAUGUUGACUUUCUUUGGACCAGUAUUUGACCUGUAUUAAUGCCUCGUACGAGGCUUGAAAGAGAAUCUGAUUCAUCCUCAUUUUUUUAAGGGCCUAUCUGUAUAGGCUCUCGUUCAAGACUGCGGUAGCUUUCUCAGUUGGUGUGUUGCUAAUAUGUAUAAAUCGUUAUUCCUCUCAGAGCAUAAUAUAAUAGUUUUUAAGCAUGUUGGGAGUUUUUUUUAUGCUUGAGUCACAUUUUCUAUUUAUUUCCUUAGUUAAUCCAUAUUUUCCUCGACAUCUUACACGUUUUUUUUUUCAUCUUGUCAUUGUUGUUGUUGCCUUUUUCUCGAUAAGGCUUUGGGCUCCAUCUGGAAGAUUUUGCAAUCAUCAAGAUGAAGCAACUUGUUUGAAAAGUCUCUUGUAUAAACUAAAAUCACUGAAUUCCAUCUAGUAAAAAUUCCAAGGAUUAAUUGGUAGAGUAUGGAGUCCAAUUCGACACUGAUAUGCUUACCUCAAAUUUAUUGGCUGGGUUUUACUGUAAUAUUAUCAAAAUCGGUUGAAAAUCUUAAGCCUAACCUUGGGUGGGGAUUGGGAUCUAAAUGCAAUAAUUAGGUUGAUGAAUUUUACAUGGUAACAUUUGGAUUCUAGGUUUCUGAACGAGAAUUAAAGGAAAUAAGGGUAAUGAAGAGUUUUUUAUUAAGUACUUUAGCUCACGAAGUCUGAAGAUCAAAGAUUUUUUAGGCUGUUCCUAGUUCAUGCUAUGCUCACAUAAUUUUUGGUAUCACAUAUAACGUAUGUUUAUGUUUUCAUGCUUCUGCUGAAAAUUCUGUAGUCGCAGACAAAGAGAUGGUUUUUCUUGCAGCUUGAUGCUGCCUGCUUUUUGAAAAUAUUGUUGAAAGCCUUUCCUGCUUUGAGCUUUGUUAUAUUCAUUAUGUGCUACAUGUACUUUUCUGCAUUUUAUAAUCUGCAUAUUUAUGUGUGUACUAGUAUUCAUUGUAGGCUGAUGCCAUUCUAGCAUCCUUACCAGGAGAUCAGGAGGUUGCUAGGAUGGAUGCCAAAGAAGGUGGCAAUUCUUCUGUGCCGAUGGAACAUAGACGUGAUUUUGGAGACCAUGGAAAUCAUAUAUGGUCUUCACCUGAGUGGGGCCGAACCAUUUCCAUGGGAAAGCAAAUAUUUUGCAAUAGGUCCUUGAAUAUGAGAAAUAUUGUUGCAGUUGGGUUUGACAUGGAUUAUACUUUGGCGCAAUACAUGCCUGAGACAUUCGAAUCCUUAGCUUAUGAAGGCACUGUCAGAAAGCUGGUUUACAACUUGGGAUAUCCUUCAGAGGUAAGCAGGUUUUCAAUCUUCCUCUGAAUUUACAGAUACCCUUUUUACAGUUAUGUUUUGUGAGGAGUGAUGCUCUCUAGCAUCUAACUUUAUAUAGUUUGGUUUAUUUCUGAUUUUAUGAUCUGCGAUCAUAUGGGUUCGUUUUUGGUUCUAUUUCCUAUUUUUCACCUUGGUAAUGACGUUGCAAAUGAUUUCAACAUUCAUUCCCUGCCUUGAAUUAUUAUUUGACGUUAUUUCUGGACAUAGUACUUCCUUUUCCUGAAUUUUGAAAUUCAAACGUAUCAGACAUUUAUGGAAUCUGAAACUUUUUAGUUAGCCAUAAAAUGGAAUGUUUCCACAGAGAGGGAACCUCUGAUUCUAUAUCCAUGACCUCGUACUCUACACCUUUGUCAAUUAUUCAAAUCCGAUAAUGUAAUGGAAAUGACGAAACUGAUGUUUAUCUACUGGCGUGAUGCUAAAUAAAAGUUUCACAUCUUUCGUGAGUUACUCAACUUAAGUAUUGAUCUUGUGUGCGUGGCAUUAAGUUGAUUUUUAUGGUUUUUUAUACGGUUCAAAUCCUUCAUGUUCUCAGUUUCAAAAUUUCUAGUGUAUAUCGAUUGUCAGAGGUACAUUUUGAUUCUCUACAGGGGGUUGCUUUUAUGCUUGCCGCAUUUUUAUGGAAACGGCUGAUUUCAUUGAGUCCAGAGUCAUUUUCCUAGCUCAUAUGAUGGCGCUUAAACAAAAUCUUAGCAGUUAUUUUUCAGUAGUUUUCUAGAUUUGGUUUGGGCCAGUACAAUAACGCUGAUUGCAAUUUUACAUCAGUAUUUGUAGCUAGAUGAUAGAAACAUUUUUCAUACAUUUUAUAGGCUGACAUUGAUGAAAUACUUUGAGCAUAAGAAUGUUUUCUUAUGCCUCUUCUCGACAAUUAACGUGCCCUUUGGAUGUUGUGUGGAGAAUGAUCAGUUGUGUAAUAAUGCCUAAUUUUUUCUUCAUUUAAUUUAUUUCAGCACACCGAUAAGAACUUAGACCUGUGCAGCAGCAUUUGGUUGAGUUUUCUAUCUACUAGAAACCUACAGUGCGUAGUCAGAGAAUUUGAGCUUAAUAAACACAUGUUCUUUUUCCUGCUUGCAGAUUGCUGUGCCUUUCAUUUGUGAAUCAUCUUUACCAUUUGUCACUCUUCUAUUUAUUGGUUAAUCUUGUAGUUAAAUGCACAGAUGAUGGCUCAGGGAACUGGAAAAUUCCUUCUCUCUCAUUCCUAUUCUAUCCCCGAUCCAUAUUCACAUUAUUUUUUUGUUCAUCCAUUUGUCACUUUUCUUGCUCAGGUUUCUUUAUUGAUUUGGUAAGUUUUAUUAUCCUCUGGUGAGUUUGGUUCAAUCCUAGACAAAAUCAAUGGAUUUGGAUUUGGAUUCCAGUUCAUAAUAAACGAGGAUCCUAGAUUUAUUGGGCAAGUUUUUGUAACGAUGAUAAUUCCUUAGCAUUUUCUGAUCCUUUUUUUCCAACAAAAUAACUAUUGCUGGACCUGUUCUUCAGUGGAUAUAGAGUUCUGGGUGGUGGAAGACACACCUAUCCUCGAGUCCUAGAAGACCACUUGAUUUUAUAAUGUUAUUUUUUUUCAUAGCCUGCUUAGACACAUUUCAGGUGGAAUAACUAAUAACUAUGAAGCAAUAAACCACCCGCUUUAAAAAUGUCAUCAUUUGGUCUUUCUCGGUCACAAUGGAGCUGCAAGGAGGCGCAUGCUAUGUCUUUCCAUUAGGUUGAACUGAAGGAUGGCCUAAAUAAAAUAAAACAUAUGCAGUGGAGGCCAAUCUUAGGCGUUCUCGUAUCUUCAUUCUCUGUUUUCCUCAUCACGUACUGAAAUUUAUUUGAUAUUUCCAGAAAUUUUAUUUAAAUUUUAAUAAAUUCUUCUGCUCUAUGUAUGUACAUGUAUACACAUGACUCCUGCUAUCUUUUUUAGGAUCCAAUCAAUGCUCGUAGAAGUGACUUUGCUUUAAGUUUUACUUUUCUUUAAGGUGAUGGUAGAACUUUUUGAGGGAACUCAUAUUUUCCGAUUAUUGCAGCUGUUAGAGUGGUCUUUUGAUUGGAAAUACAUGGUCAGGGGUCUCGUUCUUGAUAAGAAAAGGGGAAACAUCUUAAAGGUCUGUCUUUAGUUCUCGUUUCAUGCAUGCAUGUUUAUUUAUCUAUCAUUUCACCCGAACGCCAUCAUGCUAUUAUAUAUACUUUUGAAGAUGUCUCUAGUCGAGUUUUUAAUGCUAUACUGAUAUGAUCAUGUCACGAUGACUUGAUAUAAAUGUGACAUUCUGAAGUGCAUUGUUGGCCGACUUGGUAUAUAACUGAGGGUUGCCUGGAAAAUGAAAAAAAUUAGAGUCGGAUCAUAUAGAGUUUUUUGCCUUCAAACCCACGGAGCCUAACCCUGGCGUCUAUUCUUAGAUACCUUCAAUACUGCAUAACGCUUUUAAAAGGCAUUAAGCUAUGCUACUUGUUUGCUUGACCUGUAUUGAGGAUUAGAAAGCAAUCAUAAUGGACUUGUAUAAUUCGGCAGGAGUUGCACAAAGUUGACAAAGCAUACUACGUGGCCUAUGCUAGAAAUAAACAAAAAAUUAUUGACGCAGUAUGUCAUAUAUUGACAUAUUUAUCCUUUCACAUGUGUUCCAUGCUAGCACCAAUUUCAUGAUGUGUGAACAGUUUUUUUAGUCUCUACCAUGCGGAUAACAAAGGUCGAGCACACAAUCCAGGAAUGAAGUCUAUGGCUAUGGUGUUUUGUAAAGGCGGUUGAUCAUCUAACCCAAAAUCAAUGGGUCAUGAGUGAAAUAGAUCCAUGUAUUUAACCACAAGAUUUAACCUAUCCCUUUAACUUAUCUAUAUACAAGUGAAAAAUUAAUUAUCCCUUCGUGCACAAAGGUUAGGAUGCAUGGGUAGCAUCAAGAGAAGAUACAUUUCCAAAUGAUACUGAAUUUCUUUUGUUGGGUAUCCUCUAUUAGAAUACAAAAAUAUGUAGAUGGGAGGAACUGUAAUAUACCCAUAAAGAAAAAAACAAUUGGUUGUUCGAGUAAAAUUAUUGAUAGCUUUUGGAGCCUCAAAGUGUCAGAACCUGGAAGCUGUGUUGUACGGCUAAAGGAUGGGUAAGGAGGGAUAUGCGGGAUAUAAUUCCCUAGUUACCAUAUGGACGAACAUUUGCUUUAUGCUUUAUCUGUUACUCCCAACGCCGUUUCUCUUACUGAUCGCCACUACUGGUAACUGUCCUCAGGUUUCAUCUAAUUUUGUCUAAGGAGAACUAUGCUAGCGCUUCUCCAUAUCAGGAAAAAGAAUAUCCUACCUUUCGCUUAGAGACAUGUAUACAUGUUAAUCAUUUUUUUUCAUUCAAUAUUAACCCUAUUUGGGUCUGGCACCAUUACAAAUUUUGUGAUGAUAUCACUCUGACGGGUUUAUUAUCAUAAAUGUUUCAAUGUUCAUAUUUCGGUGGUUUUUUUUUGAAAAAAUACUUUCUUUUACAAACAGAUUAUCUUUUUUUCAGAUGGAUCGUCACAAGUAUGUCAAAUUAGCAUACCAUGGUUUCAAAGAGAUGUCGAAAGAAGAUAAAAUUGCCACAUAUGGGAACACCUUGACUCGGGAUUCAUUUGAUGAGCCUGACUAUGCACUUAUUGAUACCCUUUUCUCUCUUGCUGAAGCUUACUUGUUUGCCCAACUCGUUGACUUCACUGAUAAAAAUCCUGGAAAGGUCCCUGCUGGUGCUGAGUAUGUUUUCACUACCAUCGUAGAAUUUGAUUUCCUUAUAUAUUUGUUAUAAUGGUCCACUUUAUAAUUUUUUAUUUCAUGAUAUUAGUCACGGAAACAUGCAUGUGCAUAAUUCUACAUGUGUGGAUCCAAGGAUUGAUGGUAGAGGACACAGAUGUAUAGCGGAGUUAUAACUCCUGAAGGUCAUCACUGCGUUUUUAUUGAAACAUUAACAACCAUCUUAUUUGGCAUUUCGAUUGUGAAGAAAUAUCAUAUUUCCUCCCCGACGUCUGGUUGUGUUAGUAAUGAUAAGAAAACAAACGCUAAAAUGGAGAAUGAGAGUGGCCAUGAAACUGUAUGCAAUAUUCUAUGAUUUACUUGAAUGCUAAACUGUUUAUUUUCUUUGACUAUUUUUUAUGCCAGAAAUAAGAGUAUUCUGCUUUCAGGACAAAACAAGUACUAAAAAAAAUCUUUAUUUAUCAUUUAUAAAUCCCCUAACAGAAGAAGCAAUGGACAGGUUAGACUGCAUUCCUAACUAAGGGAGUUAGGAAUGCAAAUAUAACAUCACGAUUUCACAUUUUGAAGUUUGUCGUGAGUUGUGUACCUUUUGUGGUGAUUUCCUUUUUUUCUUUUACAUGGACAUGUCUGCCAAUGAACUGCUUCCCAAGAAGUUAGUGUAUUUUUUUAUUCCUUCUAUAGCUUAUUUUUAAAAUAUAAUGUUCAAUAUUUGAGAUAUUGAACAUCAUUCUAGAUACUUAAGUUGUAUCUAUCACCAGUUUUUUAUGUAUUUAAGGAGUUUAAUGUUUAGUUGGAUCAUGCAGUUAUUGUCAGAUGUAUAAAGAUGUACGUGCUGCAGUUGACUUAUGCCAUCGGGAUGGAACUCUGAAACAAAUGGUUGCAGAUGAUCCUGGAAAGUAAGAAAUGAUUCGAAUAAAUACUUCACUUUCUAUAUGAUAGUUGUGCCAUAGCUGACUUGAAAGAAAACCAUUAAUGAUAAUUGAUGAGAACUCUCUUCAUUGAAUCAUAUGAUUUCCAAGAUCCGAUUUCAUUCUUGGAUGGAUUAAUCCACCCAAUUUCUUUCCAUGCUCAUGGCGUUGGUUUCCUGAUUUCUAGUACAGAUUUACCUCAUGCACGUCCUGGAUUUUCUCCAAAUUGUGAUUCUUUGAUGCUUAAUUAAUUCUAUUGACCCCUCAAACUUUUCAACUUACAGAGCCACCGAUCUUACUCAUUUUCACAAUUGUUUCGACUUUCAGGUACAUUAAAGAGGACUUAUCAAUUGUACCAAUGCUUAAAAUGCUUAGGGAUUCUGGCCGCACUACAUUCAUGGUUACAAAUAGGUACUAGUUUCGCCUAUGAAACAAAGGCAUGAUUGCCCAUCAAUCGUGUACCCUUUCGUGGGGGAUCCUUUGUUGUAACCUCUUUAGUUAAUUGAAGCAUGUAAAAGACUGAUUGUAAUGUCUUAUAUCUUGUAGCUUAUGGGACUAUACAAACGUUGUAAUGAAUUUCCUUUGUGGGAACAAAAAAUUCGAUAGUGCUUCUUCUCAAAUAUUCGAUUGGCUGGAUCACUUUGACGUGGUUAUCACAGGAAGGUAUUUGAUCUUAACUUAUACGCAUGUAGGUUAACAAUUUAUCAUGAGAAAUUUAGGAAUCUUCUUCGCUUUUGAUGUAUUAUUCCAGCUACGAAAAAUAGUUUUGAACCUGUGUACUGAUGAUUUGAUAUGACAUAAUGCAGAUAUUGAUGCUAAUUAGACCGAUAUUUGGUUUAUUUGGUUACCUGAUAGCAUCUCUGUGCACUUGAAACACGAAUCUUUUCUCCAGGGAAGGGGGGGGGGGGAAGAAAUAGGCCAAUUGUGCUAACUGCUGCUGGUUUAUAUACUUCCACAUUGCUGAUCGGCCUUAUCCUUCCUUUUUUUAGGUUUCUAGGCAGAUUAGCUUUGAGUAUUAAGUGCUUUUUCCUCAUGAUUUUGAUUUCAUGUGAUGUUCAAACUAUUGAAAUUUUGGAGAGGCCUAUAUAUUGUUGAUGAACGAGGAUCGAUUGGUCUUCUGGAGUAAAUAAGACCAUUGAAGAAAUAUAAAAUAGAUAAUAGGAUUAAUAUUUUUAGAUUUGGAUCAAUUUUCUCCCCCUGGGGUUUUCUCCAAUAAUUCUCACGAAACUCUGUUUAUUUUCCUUCUUUUCCGGUCCCCUUUUCUCGACCUACCUUCUCUUAUUCCUAUCUUAAAUAAUAUUUCAGUUCACUCGCUUCUUUUCCAGAGUGCUUUUUUGACAGGUUUCAGCUUCUUCUAUAUAUGUUCUUUGAAUCAUCAAAUAAGCAUAAUACAUUGAGUUAAAUUCAGCUUCUGAUAUCAACGACCAUAUCCUUGUGGAACAUUUUAAUGUGUAUUUUUAUGUUAGAUUUAUGUCGUCCAUUUUAAUCAUUUUCACUUUUCGAUAGUACCUGGUUCCAUCAGAAUCUAAACUUUUCCUUGAGAAAUUGCACUCCGAAAUAGCAGUAGCGUUAAUUGUUUUCUACUCUUACAGUUCAAAACCUAGUUUCUUUCAUGAAGAUAAUCGUGCAAGUCUAUUUGAAGUCGAUCCUGAAUCAGGAAUGCUUCUUAACACUGACAAUGGCAAUAUCAUUCCUCAGGUAUGUGGGAAUAAAUAUUGUUUAUAACCCUGUAGUUAUGUCCAUUGAUUUUUUGUUACCUCAUCUGCUGUCAUUUUUAAUUUUUUUUUUUAAAGAUUGGAUGUACUUCACCAAGAUUACCAACAAAGGCACUGAAAAAGGCUUGCAGAGUUUUUCAGGUAGUUUCGCAGUGAACAAGAUACAGUGGCCGUUAGGCCUUCAAUACUUCAACCAUUAUCUCUGUUCAUUCAUUUCAGUUGGAUCAUUUAACUGCUAUCUAGCAGGUUAGCCAUGAAUAGUAAUUGUAUCCUUCACUUUCAGGGAGGCAAUGUUCGCCAUCUUCACAGACUGCUAUCUAUUGAAGCAAGUUCUCAGGUAGUGUAUUAUUUUAUUUUGAUUAUUAUAGGAAGCGUGCUUCUUUAUGUAUGACUCAGGAUAGAAAUCUUCUGAUUGAUCAACAAACAAAAUCAUCUCUGACCUGGGGUCUGUAAGAGUCAAUUCUCCAUUUUAGUGGCCUUACGUAGCUUUUCAAAAAUCUCUCUCUUGUAAGGUUGUCAUGAGCUACUCUCAUGCUAAGGCUGUUAUUUUUAAAUUAUGUCAUUUGUUAUCAGUGCGGUUAAUUGAUCCUAAAUCAUAUUCAUCAUCCAUCAGACUAGCUCUUUGGCACCAGCGGCAAGAAUCCUGUUCUUUAAUUCCUCUCUAUCACUUACGAUAUAUCUUAAAUAUCUAUUUUUAUCCUCCACUGAUUCCAUCUAUCCUAUUUAUGUUUUCCAUGUGGAUUUAUAAUCAAGAUGCAAUUUUUUUUAUCUAUUUUAGUUCUGAUACGAAAAAUUUACAUAUGAAAUGGUUACAAAUUAAAGGCUUGCAUUGGACUCAACCUGCUUAUUCUUAUAUGGCUCUAACAUGGGACUCAUCUUAAGAAUAAUCUUCUCUGCCCUCUCUCUCUCUCUCUCUCUCUCUCUCUUCUCACUACUUGUCACAUGUGAUAUUAUGCUACUAAGUUGCAGGGACUACUCUUAUUAAGCUGGCCUAAGUGGCUUUUGGAGACCAAGACCAUAAAUCACACAUCAGAAUACAAAUUCCAACGUGAGAAAAGUCUUAUAGCUUGUAAAUGGACCAUACCGUCAUCUGGUGGAUGUCUUUCCAGUGCAUAGUUCUUUCGCCAGCUUCCCCUCCAACUAUGUUUUUGCUGUAUCUCUUCAGUGAAAAAAGUAUCUCCAAAAUUCCAUAAACCUGACUUAGUAUAAUGGUAGAGAGAAAAAGGAAAAAAAAUAUCAUUAAAAUUAAAAUUUCUCAUAUACAUGAUAGAAACGAAACAACUAUGUUAGGUCUGUAUACAAGCAGGCCUAUUUGUCCUUGUAGGUUCGUUAACUCCAACUAACAAGUAUAACAGCCUGCUUGCAUAAUGUCGCAUUUAAACCUACUUUUUUCUUGAAUAAAUAAAAUAUAUUUUUACUUGGAUAAAAUUAGUUAAAUAAAUUUCUAUAUCUUAUUCCAGCUCAUAGACAUUUUUAUGGUGUUUUCACCUAGGUCUUGUAUGUUGGCGAUCAUAUCUACGGUGACAUUUUGCGUAGCAAAAAGGUUCUAGGUAUAACUUUUUUCACCUCUUAUUUACUUCGCGGUAACUAAUUUUUCCUAUCCAAAUGACUGUUGAAGGCUUUUUGAUGGCAUGUUUUGAUUACUUUGACGCUUUUAUCGUGACAUGUUGUUACAACCCUGUUGAUGAGUGAGCAGCGAUGAAACCGAAGUCCAUUGCUGUGCUUGAUUAGGGAAAGUAUCAAUACUCCCCUCUCCCCACCUCGUUAACCUCGUAUAGACUUCUAGUUAAAAUAUCCCUUAAGGUAACCAGGAUGUCACUUUUGAAUGCCAAUCAUAACAUUAGAUUGAAUGUUAAAAUAUCCCCUAUGGUACAUGUACCGCAUCAAGCUCACUAGAAUUCUUGAAACCGGAUACAAGAGUCUAGGAGAUGGAUGUGAUCUAUGUUAAAAAAAUAAAUCAUCAUCAAAACGCAGUAACACAUGUCCAGUAAACUUCAAAUUUAUAUAGGCGGCCAGAGCAUAAAAAAACUGUAUGAAGUUCGAAGUGUUAUUCUCUGGCCAAAAAAAGCGUUGUAUUAUACGAUUUCAUAGCUAUGCUCUGGCAAGUCAGAGAAGCUAAGUUUCAGAUCGCUCUCCUAAUUGUUGAAACUGGAUCUACGAAAAAACUUGAUCGUAAGCAUGUGAAACGUAUUUCAUCUGUUUUUUUUGAUAAAUUUAAUCCCUUUGUCUGCCCUUCUGCUACAUUUGCUAUGUUUCCUUUUUUUUUUUCCAGUUGGUUUAUGUGCAUUGGUAGCAUCUGGUUGAGUACUCUUUUUUGUUUAGGUUGGAGAACCAUGCUUGUUGUUCCAGAGCUUGAGAGGGAAGUAGAGCUACUUUGGGAAUCAAGAGAUUUGAGGAAGGUACCUUAUGAAAUUCAUAUUUUCUAUGAUGUCCUCUUAAGACGCGAAAUUUAAGGAUAUCGCCUACUUCUGAAUUAUUCCUAAUGGAUAUUGUGUAUAAUUUUUUUCUGCUGCAGUGCUGUGUCAGCCCGUUUCAGUGUCUCAUUUUCGGUUGAUUAUUUUAAACAUGAAACUCGUAAAACAUGCUCUUUAUUUUAGUAUUUCGUGAGAUUGAUGUAGAUUCAUACAGAAAGAUGGUGCAUUAAAGGACGGUUAAUUAUUUUUCAUUUUACCAUCUGUUCAUUUGUCCAGGAACUUAGGCGAUUACGAAAAGAACGGGAUGCUAUUGAAGACAAAAUUCAUCAUCUGAGUUGGUCUGUCAAGUAAGGAAUCAUGUAUGCCUGGAUUUUUGCAUUAUUUGUCCCAUGGAGACCGAAAUUCAACGUUCAUUUAUGAUAUAAAGGAGAUUAUUGCGCCUAUGAGGCUUGUAAUGUUUUCGUCGAACCUUUCUUGUGAUGAAUGAAGGAACUAUAUUAGUAGAGGCAUAUUAACGUGUGGAUAAUAAUGGGAAAUUCUGCAAUCAUUGAUAUUCAUUCAUGUGCUGAACUCGAUGGUAAAAAUUGUGACGUUGUUUUGAUUCUUUUUUUAAAAUAAACAAUCUGGUUCUGAUCAUUGAAAAAUUAUGAAACCUUUUUUUUUUUGGCAUUCACCGAUGGUAAAUGUUUGAAUUCUCAUGCUUCACCGAGGGUAAAAAUUUCCUUGAAAGAUUCCACCUUAUCUUCUACUUUUCCUGCAGUAUAUAUAUAGAUGAUCAUCUAAUAAUUUUUCCUAAAUUUACUUUCAGUCAUGAACCAUUUCAUAAGACGAGGUGUUAACUCCAGUGUGAUGUCAUUAUUCCGUCAAUCUUGGCUGGAAAUAUUUCCAUUCUUGUACUGUGUCAAGAUGCCAGUGACAUGAUGAAAAACCUUCAUCUAGCUUGUUAUUUCUUCGCUGCAAUAUUUUCAAGAAAAAUUACUUGAAGAAAGGGAAGAAUUCUGGCAGAAAUAUCUAUUAAAGCAUAACAAAAAAAGAUUUUUUAGAGAUACUUAAAAUAUUAUUAAAUGUUUUAUAUAAGGGAAAUUAAGAAGGGAGUUAUGUAAUAAAUAAAUUAGGAAUCUCACCGCUGAUGUCUACACGUGAUUUAUUUAAUCAUCGCAUUUCCAGUAAUCUUGUUAGACUGGGAUUCAUCUCUGCUAAAUGAGUCAACGAGUUGGAUUUGAUCCAUUUGUUGUUAGAAGUUUUGCACUUCUCACCAAGCCUGGUGGCAUUUAGUAUCGUUUUUCUCAUAACUGGUUGACGAAUUCCCCGUCUCCAAGUCACGAUUUUUUUCCUCUCUUGCUUCAGGUUUGAAAUCUCUGGUGACGAUGAGAAGCAAAAGCUAUCGCCCGAACUUUGUGAACUGGAGGUGUUCUUCUAUCUGCCGUGAUGAAUAAGUAGUAUUAUUUGAGGAAAUUAUACGGUCAAAAGGCAUUGAAAGAGCUUCCCCUCUUGUUUGCAGUCUCAGAGAGAACGAGUUCGCAGCCUUCAUCAGCAUGCUCAACGAGAAUGCCACCAGAAGGUAACUCCUUGCUCUUCAAGUGUCAAAACUAUUUUCUUUUUAUUUUUUUCUGCAAUGGAAGAAGCCCCCUUUCCUCUUUUGGUGAAUUCAAAAAUUUCCAGUGUGGUAGUAAGCAUUCUAUGCCAUGUGUUCCUGAUGCUUCCUUCCACAGUAACGUAUGAUGUCUCUCUCUCUCUCUAUCCCCCCCUCUAUCUCUCUCUCUCUCUUCAAGGGAACUUUUUUUUUUGUCGUUGUGAUCAGGAAAAAAAAAAAAAAGAAUAAUUUUCAUUGACAUCUGCAGGUGUUGGGUUCAAGCUACGUGUUAUGAUAGAGCAUCCCUCGUUUCAUUUUCUCCUCCAUUUCCCCUUUAUUUUUGGAGAUUCUAUGCACCAUCAUGCUGAAUUUAUCCGCCAUGGUUCUCCAGAGACGUCCCUCAAGAAGAAAUAUCACAUUUUAUACUCGACCAUAUUUUUUUUAUUUGUAAAAAAGAAAAAAAGGAACCAUAUCAAUCUGCAGCUGAAAUCAUCCAGAAAGGGCCACAUUAAAAGUAACUUGGCUCAUCUGGGUACCAUUAAUACAUGACAUUUACGUGCAUGACCAGUUAUAAUAUCCAGCAUUCAUUCCUUGAUGGACCGGUGAUUAUACUCCUCCCUUACCCUUCCAGUUCCACAACGUUUGGGGGCAACUCUUGAAGACUGGCUUCCAGAACUCUCGCUUCGCUCACCAGGUCUCAAAACCAAUUAAACCCCUAUUUAUUUUUAUUUUUAUUUUUCUCCCCCCCACACACACAAACUUCUGGCCUCUUAUAUGUGCAGGUAGAGAGGUUCGCCUGCUUGUAUACGAGCCAAGUGACUAACCUUAGCCUCUACUCCCCUGACAAGUACUACCGGCCCAGCGAAGACUUCAUGCCCCAUGAAUUCGACAUCCUUCCAUUCUAG